UGGCAAUGUUAGGUCGGCGUGUGUCGUUGCUUCGCCGCCUCGUGCGCAUCUCGUCGGUGCAGCGCUCGGCUUUCUUGUCCACCAAGAAAAACUACUUUGAGGAGUACGACAAGAGCCUCGCCGACCCCGAAGCGUUUUGGGCCGAAGCUGCCAAGGACAUCCACUGGUUCAAGCCGUACACGACCGUCCUCGAUCAAUCUAACUCGCCUUUCAACAAGUGGUUUGUCGAUGGGGAAAUGAAUUCGUGCUACAGCGCCGUGGACGAGCACGUUGCCAACGGCCGCGGCGACCAAGUCGCGAUUCAUUACGACAGCCCCAUGACAAACACCAAGAUCGACAUCACGUACAAAGAGCUCCAAGAUAAAGUGUCGCGAUUCGCGGGGGCGCUAGCCGCCGAGGGUGUUACUAAAGGCGACCGCGUCGUCAUCUACAUGCCGAUGGUCCCGGAGACAGCGGUCGCCAUGUUGGCAUGUGCGCGUCUCGGCGCCAUUCAUUCCGUCGUCUUCGGAGGGUUUUCCUCCAAAGAACUCGCCAUUCGAAUUGAAGAUGCGUCGCCAAAGGUAAUCUUGGCGGCGAGUUGUGGCCUCGAGCCCAAGGGCGUCAUCAAAUACGAAAGCCUUCUCAAAGGCGCGUUGUCACUGAGCUCCCAUCAGCCGCAGCGAUGCGUGAUCUUACAACGUGAUCAAUGCCACUACAACAUCGACUCGCCCCGCGACGUGUGCUGGGAUGCGUUUGUCCAAAAUGCUACGCCGCAUCCGUGUGUGCCCGUCAAGGCGACCGACCCGCUUUACAUCUUGUACACGUCUGGCACGACCGGCAAGCCCAAAGGCGUCGUGCGAGACAACGGCGGCCACAAUGUUGCGCUCAAGUGGGUCUUUCAGCACGUGCUUGGGCUUCACCCUGGCGAUGCAUGGUGGGCGGCGUCCGAUUUCGGCUGGGUCGUCGGGCACUCGUUCAUCGUAUACGGACCUCUCUUUCUUGGUUGCACGUCGGUCAUUUACGAAGGCAAGCCGGUGGGCACGCCGGACGCGGGUGCGUUCUGGCGAGUCGUGUCCGAAUACAAUGUCCGCAGCAUGUUUACUGCGCCGACGGCUCUGCGCGCCAUUCGAAAGGAGGAUCCGAACGCGUUGCAAGUGGAAAAGUAUGCGUCCAAGAUGAAGAACCUCCGGUCGUUGUUUGUCGCCGGCGAGCGUGGGGACCCCGCCACGAUCGAGUUUUUCAUGAACGAGCUCAAGAUCCCGAUCGUGGACAAUUGGUGGCAGACCGAGAUUGGGUUUCCCGUGUGCUCUCAGAUGAUGGGCAUGAACCAGACCAGGCUGGACGGUCGCGAGUGUCCCGGCAUCAAACUCGGGUCGGCAUCGCGUCCUGUUCCAGGCUUUGAUGUCGUGCUGCACAACCACGACGAGCCAACGGAGGACCCGAACGAAGUCAAGGAAGGCAGCAUCUUGCUCCGAUUGCCGCUGCCUCCAGGUUGUUUCACGACGCUGUUCAACAACGAAGCCGAGUACGUAUCCAAGUACAUGGCCGAGAACCCGGGGUUCUACACAACGGGUGACGCCGGCUUCAUCGAUCCCGACAACUACGUUUAUAUCAUGUCGCGCACGGACGACAUCAUCAACGUCGCGGGCCAUCGGUUGAGCACGGGCGCGAUUGAAGAAGUGAUUCAACGCGACGACAACGUGGCCGAGUGCGCUGUGGUGGGAGUGGCCGACACGCUCAAGGGCCAAGUGCCGAUCGCGCUCGUUGUUCUCAAGUCGAACGCAGGCGAGUCGAACGAGCACGUGUCGGCAGCGAUUGUGACGCGUGUGCGCCAAGAAAUUGGAGCGUUUGUGUGCCUUCGACACGUGGUUGUCGUGGACCACUUGCCCAAGACGCGGUCGGGUAAGAUUGUCCGUCGCACGAUUCAAACGAUGGCCGACAACAAACCGUUUGCGAUCCCCGCCACGAUUGAAAACGAAGCUGUCCUGGACGACAUCCUCGUCGCUCUCCAGUCGAUCGGGUAUGCCAAGCAUCCCCACCACCACCUCGAGCCCCACCAGCACGUCGCCAACACUUAGUGCUGCCUACUGUGUGUGAAUGUGUCUCUAGUCCACUAAAUCAUCCCCUCAAUAUUUCCUUUCCA